AGCACCAUGACUACUGCAGGUUUUGAUGGUCCUUCAGCAAAAAGGAAGAGAAAGAGUCAAUUUAGGGGUAUUCGUCAGCGCCCCUGGGGUAAGUGGGCUGCUGAAAUCAGAGAUCCAAGCAAGGGUGCACGUGUCUGGCUUGGUACUUUCAACAGUGCUGAAGAAGCUGCAAGAGCUUACGAUGUUGAAGCACGCAGGAUCCGUGGCAACAAGGCCAAGGUUAACUUUCCAAAGGAACCAAUAGUUCCACAGAAGCGUCGUGCUCGCCCUGGUGCUCCUAAAGCACCAAAGCUAAGCGUGGCAUCGGAACCUUCUGUCAUGCCAUCAGUCAACAACCUUUCCAACCCAAAUGCUUUCAUCUACCCAUCUGCUAACUUUGCAUCAAACCAGCCACUUGCUCUACCUGACAACCUGUCAUUUUUUCCUAUAAUGAACUCUGAUGGCCCUGUUGAAGCCUCUGUUAUGAAUCAGUACUCUGACCAGGGAAUCAACUCCUUUAGCUUCUCUGACUUGGAGUGGGAUUACAACACCAAGAAUCUAGAUAUACCAUCCAUUGCUCCAAUUUCUACCAUUACUGAAGGAGCAGAAUAUGCACUUGCCCAGAGUAACGCCUAUAACUCAGUUGUGAUUCCUGAAGGAGCUGAAUCUGCACUUGCCCAGAGUAACACCUACAACUUAGUGGUGCCUCAUGUUAUGGAGAACAAUGGUGUCGAUUUCAAUGCUUGGCCAAGGUUUCUUAUGGAUGAUGAAGUGGACGAGCCGAUUGAUAGCCUUCUGAAUUUUGAUGUACCUCAGGAUGUCGUUGUCAACAUGGACCUCUGGAGCUUCGAUGGCAUGCCCAUGUGUGGCGAAUUUUUAUAA